GCUGCCGGCGGGAUGUACGCGGGGAGGAAGAGGAAGAAGCCGGUGCCCAAGAGCCCCAAACCACCACCCCUUGAGGGUGUGAAGUCCAACCCUUCCAAGCGGCACCGGGACCGGCUCAACCAAGAGCUGAGCAAGCUGACUGGUUUGCUGCCCUUCCCUGAGGAUGUCCGCACCAGGCUCGACAAGAUCUCCAUUCUACGACUGGCUGUUGGGUACCUGAAGGUGAAGAGCUACUUGCUGGCUAUGGAUGUUGGUGGCUACAUGCUGGAUCAGACCAGAGGCCCAGGAGGGAGCAGAUGGAUGGACCCACAGGUCAACAGGAAGCUGUUUCCUGAGGGGGAACUGCUGCUCCAGGCACUCAAUGGAUUCAUCAUUGCUGUGACUGGAGAUGGGUUUAUCUUCUACAUCUCCCCUACUGUGCAGGACUACCUGGGCUUUCAUCAGUCGGACCUCAUCUACCAGAGUGUGUACGAGCUGAUCCAUGCAGAUGACAGAGCUGCCUUCCACCAACAACUGCACAGCACUCCAGUGUUCAGCAGCAGCCAGAACGCCUUUCCCAUGGAGCUGCUGGCUGGAUGCAGCACCACAUCGAGCCCCGAGGAGUGUUCCUUCAUGGAGAGAAGCUUCACCUGCCGCUUUCGCUGCUUGCUGGAUGCCACCUCGGGAUUUCUGGCCUUGAGUUUCCAUGGGCGCUUGAAGUGCCUCCUUGGGCAGCAGAAGUCACCAUCAGGCAGGUCCCCAUUUGUCUUCUUCGCCAUUGCAACUGUCCUUCAGCCAUUCUCUAUCCUGGAGCUUCAGACCAAGAUGAUGAUCUUCCAGACAAAGCACAAGCUGGACUUCACGCCCACAGCCUGUGAUUCCCGGGGGACGAUUGUCCUGGGGUACACAGAAACAGAGCUGUGCAGGAGGGGGUCCGGGUACCAGUUUGUGCACGCCGCCGACAUGAUGUACUGUGCCGAGAUCCACAUGAGAAUGAUGAAGACAGGGGAGAGCGGGAUGACAGUCUUCCGGCUGCUGACCAAGAAGGGUGCCUGGGUAUGGUUGCAGGGCAGUGCCAGGCUGGUGUACAAGGGGGGCAAGCCCGACUGCAUCAUUGCCCGGCAGCGAGCCCUCUCGGAUGAAGAAGGAGAGGAAUAUCUGCGGAAGAGAAACCUGAAGCUGCCUUUUACCUUCGUCACGGGGGAAGCGAUCUUAUACGGCAAUGAACUUCCUGAGCCCCUGGAUUCCUUCCAGGCAAAGGAGGAGUUGCAGACACAAGCAAACUCCCUCCCGAAGCAGUGCUUGGUAGACCCCAACCCUCUUCCUGGCGCCGUGAUGGAGCAGGAUACAUCCAUAUACAGCUCCCAUGGUGAUAACGUGCCUCAGUUCUUGCCAGAGCUCAUCGCUGAGCCCAAUGGACUGAGCCAGGAUGAAGGAGUCUGUGAUGCCAAGGAGGACAGUGACUCCCUCAUGGUUGUUAUUGAGACCCUCUUUGAGAAGAGUGAGAUGGAUGGAAACACAUCUCGGACCCUGCACAGCCUCAACAUGGACACUGCAGAGCUGCAGCGGUGGGAGGAGGCUCUGCUCAGCUUGGGUGCAGAGGAGGAGCCACCAGCUCAGGAGGUUGGCACUGAAGUGACAUCCUACAUGAAGCAGAUGCUCCUUGGGCAGGAUGCUGGGAAGAGCAUGGCCUUCCCACACUGCACUGCAUCACCCUGCAAUGAGGAGGACGGUGCUGCAGCUCAUCUCCAGCACUGCUGGGCAACUCAUUCAGUGUUUGAAGCCCUGCCACAGCCCCAGGCACCCGGUCCGCAAGGCCAAGAUGCUGCGGUCUCUCUGGUCUCCAUUAGCUCUGCUCAACCAGAGCAGCAGGUUCUGUCUAACCCAGCUGGGCUGGUGGGGGGCACUGUUCUGGAUGUCCCAGUCUCCAGCAGCAAGUCCCCUGUAGCACUUCAGCUGGCAAGGCCAGGACAAGGGCUUCAAGCAGGAGUUCCCACCUCUGUUCCUGUGGAUAACACUGUUCCUACUGAUCGCAGCCAGCCUGGGGGCAAGCUGGUGGGCUCAAGCUGCCCAGCACCAUUGCACUCAAACACACCGGUGACCGAGUGGCACAAUGUCCCUGUCCAGGCAAACCCAGGCAAUGCUUUGGGGCAGAGCACUUCUCCUGGAGGUUGCCAUCCGGAGGUUUGGAUAGCUCCAACACAUCUGGAAGCAGCAGGAACACAUGUGGAGUCCCAACCUCUGCUGGCUGGCAGCCCCAAGAGCCUCCCAGGGGAUGGGUUGUGGUUGCUGCCCUCCCAGCCUGCUGCUUGCCCUGAACAGGGCUUGCACGAGUCCUUGUUCUCUCCUGGGGACCUCUAUGAGGACGAGGCUGCUCUCCCUGCACAAGCACCACCGGAGGAUGGUGGCUUCCCCAAACAGCUCCCAAUAUCCCACCUGGAGCCCAGCUUGUCCUGGGAAGGGGAGCAGGCAGUGCUCCAGGAGGACAAGUGGUCCAUGCAGUACCAGCAGUGGCUGCUGCAGGCUGGGGCAGCUCCUUGCUGCGGUGGAGCAGGUCCAGUGCAACACAGCAGCCUCCUGUUGGGGUCCAGUGUGGGUCCCGCUGCCCACCAGCCAGACCACGUUGUGCUGCCUGAGUGCCAGUAUGGAAAUAGCCUUUUUAGACAUGAAAGCAGCUUCCUUUGGGAUACCCCUAAGAUAUCCAUUCCCCAGCAUCCGGGUGCUUUGCCUUGCCGCAGUGAGAGCCACCCUGGAGCAUCACCAGGCUUGGAUUUGAGGUUCUCAGCAUCUCUCCCUGCAAAGGUGGGUGCAGGAGCACUCGAGCAAGGCCCUGGCUUCCCAUCAGCAUCCUCCUUCAUGAGUGGGCAGCCUCUGUGUGCCUGUGAGGUCCAGCUCAAGGUGAGGUGUGAGGGCUGCAGGACCUGAGGGGUGCCCAGCUCUCAUAGAUGGAGCAAGCAGUGAUACCCAGGGGAUGCAGGCACAGCAUCCUUUGUGGGCAGCCUGGGUUUGAAGCCUCACUGUGAACUAAGAGCCACAUUUUGAAGAGCCACCAGCAAUUGGGAGCUACCCUGGCCAUGCACCACCUCUGAGUGGUGCCCUGUGCUUCCUGGUCUCGGGAAUUUUUUCUUCCAGUGCAUGAAAUGAAGUGCUCUAGCAGAGCUUUCAGGCAGCCUAGGAUGAAGUAUUUUAUUUGCUCAUUUAGUUGGGUUUUUAACAGGUCUUUCAGGGAGAUGCAGCCACGCCAGCAAGGAGGAUGGCAGACCCUUAGGAUCCAAGGAAGGACACCCUGCUUGCUGGCCUAUGUGCUCGUGGCAGCCUCUGGCAGAUGGACCUGCUGCUUUACAUGCAAUGUAGCAUUGAAUCACUGCUUCUCAAUGCAGCAUGGGCUCCUCGUCACCUCUGUGUGUGCACGGACCACCCUUGCCAUGUUGGGUUCUCUGCAGCAUUCCGGCCUGCCUGAGUGCCUGUGCUCUGGUUCUUGCUCCCAUCCCCUGCACUCUUCAUCUCCUUUCCCUGUUUCUCUAGAAAAGGGGAUGUUAUCAAGCACUUGGAGAGAAGCUCAGCAGCAUCUGCAGGGUGUCUCUGGGAGGUGGAGUUGGUGAGAGCAGAGGCAGCUCAGGGGUUUGGGCUAUUCAACAGCCUUGGGAGAGGUGGGUACCAACCUGUCGAGGCCUUUCUGGGCAGCAGGGUGAGGAAGUUCCAGCCAAGCUCCUCCUUGAGUCAGAGCGGUUGGGAGCACCAUCCCUUCUGCCUUUCACACCAGUGUUAAGCAUGUAUGGUUUGCCAAGUGAGUAAAAUCAAGUGUCCUGGUGUGGGGUGGUCUCAUCUCCCUGGGUCUCUUCCUUCAUGCCCUGCUUUGCGUCACUGUGCUGGGGCUGCUUGAUGGGCAAGAUGGGACUUGGGAAGGGUCCAUCCCCUGGCUUCAUGCUGGGAGCAGAGUGAUGCUGGAGACAGAUCUGGAGGAGCACCUUGGGCAGGGCAGGGACCUGAGUGCCCGUGAUGUGAAGCCUUACAAAUCAGCAGACCCAAAAUGCCACCAGAUGGACUCCACUCACUAGCCUUUGUUGUCCUGGCACUUGUAAGAUCAUAGAACCACAGCCUGAUUUGGGUGGAAGGGAGCUUAAAGCUCAUCCAGUUCCAACCCCCUGCCACAGGCAGGGACACCUUCCACUAGAGC